ACAAUACACUUUAUUUAAACAGAAACAAAAUAAAACUCACCUAAAAUGUCUUGGUAAUGACCGGCUCUAGUUUGGAGGAAAUAAAAUGUUAAAGGCUAUUUUCGAUAUUUUUAAUCUAGGGCCCUGUUUUCACAUUGAAAUGACUAGUAGGCAGAAAAGAAUUAGAAUCCGUACAGUAGAUGGCUUCAGCCAGUAGCUGAACCAGCUGCAAAUGCUGCAAAGUCUUCCUUCCUGUCACAGAAAGUGUGUCUUUAUACGUUAUGAGCUGUUGCAGGAUGAUGCCAAAGAUUUACACAGGAGAGGAGAGGGACUAUGGGCCUUUGCUGGAGAUGGUUCAAUAUCGGGAGCCCUGGGUUGUUUUGCCAACCAACCAAGAGGCUGACAUGGUGCAGGCUGGAGAAGUUACAGCAAGUCUUUGCUGCAUUCCUUUAUCUUCAGUUCAAGCUGCAAGAAGCAAAGAGUUACGCGUGAAGAGAGGAAGAAUGGACAAUGCCCAUCCAAACCAAUUGUAGUUUUAGGUUGAAGGGGUGGCAAUCAAGGGAGUCCUGGCACCAACACUAAAGUUCCAGCUCUUUUUACAGAUGUUCCUGGACUUACAUUUGGACAUAUUGUGUUUGUCAAAGUAGUUUUCCCCAAACUGUCAUUAAUUUUUGCUUUUAAUGGUUUCAAACAUGAAAUGUGCAGCACAGUGGAGACAGAAGUGAUCCUGACAGUAAUUAUUACUGCUGUAAUAUACAUCAUAGAGAUCAGUUCAACAACAAUCUAUACACAUAGACAUUAAAUGUUGCUGUUUCUUUCAGAAAGAGGUUUUCUGACACUUUAGAUGAUCAAAAAAGAGGUUUGUGUUUGCAGAUGUUUUCCUCCUCUUUCACACACCAACAUCCUGUGGGUCAGUCUCAGUGUGCGAGAAGAGUAGCAGAGGUAAAGAGGUUUAGGGCUAUCAGGGAGAAGCAGGCCACAUGCACAUAUUAUGUAUAUGUGUAUGAGAGGAAUGUAACGUCCAUGUUUGAUGCUGAAAGAGGAUGUGCUGGUCUGACCCCCCAUCCUCCUUUCAGGGUGGAGCCUGCUGGAGUCCGAUGGUUGAGACCAGGUCUGAGGAAGUAUUCCUGUGAACUCAUAAUCGACACAAACACAGUAAACAGAGGGAUCAAACUGUCUGACAACAACAGGAAGGCGACACAUGUGAAGGAGGAUCAGCCGUAUCCUGAUCAUCCAGACAGGUUUGACUCCUGUCCUCAGCUGCUGUGUAGAGAUGGUCUGACUGGUCGCUGUUACUGGGAGGUCGAGUGGAGAGGAAGAGUUGAAAUAUCAGUGAGUUACAGAGGAAUCAGCAGGAGAGGAGACAGAGAAGACUGUAUAUUUGGAUUGAAUGCUCAGUCUUGGAAUCUGGUCUGCUCUGAUGAUGGUUACUCUGUCUGGCACAAUAAGAGUGCAAUUUCCCCUUCCUCCUCUUCCUCCUCCUCCUCCUCUUCCUCCUCUGUCUCUAACAGAGUAGGAGUGUAUGUGGACUGGCCUGAUGGCUCUCUGUCCUUCUACAGAGUCUCCUCUGACACACUGAUCCACCUCCACACCUUCAACACCACAUUCACUGAACCUCUUUAUCCUGGCUUUGGGUUCAGGGCCUCUUUAUGUUCCUCAGUGUCUCUGUGUUCUUUGUAGGAGGGAGAGUCUCCUCCUGUUAAGCCUAGUAUACACUGUACGAUUUUAGAAACUUUGUACACUGCACUUAAGAUUGCUUGAAAGCUCGAGGCAGGAAGAGGUGUCUUUGCUAGCCAUAAUGCUAACAAGUCAGAAAUGUGUUGCCUUGAUCAUCUGUGCCAUCCUGUGUGACAUAACUUCUAAAAAAAGAGUGGUCUGGUGUAUAUGACAGCCAACUGGGAGCAGAUGAUUCUCAGUGCCCCCUGUACACUGCACAGCAAAAAACGUCCAAUGAAGCUGAAAUUCAGGGGGAAAAUUUUCCAAAGUUAGGUCAUAAACAGUCUCAAAUUGUAGAAUGUAUGCCCAGAGAAAUAUUCUCACUGCUGAACAGAUCAGUUAAGUCUGUACAGAAUCCCAGCUCUACAGAGCCCUUAAGGAAGCAGUGGCCGGAUGUUUUUGGAGAUACUACCUUGUUCUCACAUUUUGAAUAAAUUGUGGCCAUGAGAUACUACUCAUUCUGGACAGCACCGUGUAUUUACAAACCUCCAAACCAGCCAGUAUAUAUUAUAUACAGUAUAUAGUUUCAUUUUAUUAGUUUUUUAUUUAUAUUUUAUAUUACCGUAUUUGAAUACACACUACAUUUAAUUAUAUGUUAAGUUCUAUGUGUAGCAAGGGCAGACUAGGGGGGGAAAAAAACAAGAAAUUUGUCACAAGCGCUGGGUCUUUAUAGUAGUGAUGGCAAGUUCGACUCUUUCUCGUUCAUUAAAAUGAACUAAUCUUUUUUUGUGUCAUUUCAUUCAUUUUGUUGAACUAGGCUGGUUAUUGUGGCGCAGAAGCCUUCUAGUAGCCCAUUUAAAGGGAGCACCGUUCUCAAACACGGAAGGCUGCCUGGCUUGCUUUAAUUGACAAAGUUUAAUGCACAAAUUUGCCUCUUGAUAACUCUCAAUCAUUAUUAUAUACACCCCUUGGGCCCACAACCAAAUUCAAACCAUGUGAAAACUACAGAAAUAUGUUGUCUAUAUGCAUUCACCACUACUCCGGCUAAAUCCUUCCAUUCUGCAACAGCCUUUUUACCUGUUUAA